AUGGGCCUCGACAGCGGUGAGAAGUUCCUUGCCGAGUUCUACGCCUUUGAAGAGUCAAACACGCCGGUCCUCAGGGACUCGCAUCUCUUGGAAGAGGAAGCAGACCUGCUAGCAGCGAACAGCUCAGCCAUCCUGCCGUUCCGACCCGCAUUUGCGCCCCAUCGGACAGAACAGAGACGCUCAGGCUGGGAAGUUCUCGCUCGCUUGCAGAGGCGGCAAUGGGGCUGCCCUACCGGCACCAACAGUUGCGAGGGAAUUGGGUAUCCUUACAGUUGUUGUCACGAGGGAACGACGUGCUACAGGAUCCAGGAUACGGGGCUGGGACCGGUGGGCUGCUGUGCCAGCGGCCAGACAUGUGGAGGUCAGAUCACCUCGUGUGGCUCACAGGACCUUGCUUGCCCUCAGGACCUUGGGGGCGGUUGUUGCAUUGCGGGAUAUGUGUGUGAGGGGGUCGGAUUGUGUCUACGAAGGCGUUCGCAGCUCCUCUGCGGCACCAGGGCCGGCGCCGCAACCAACGACCUUUACCACUACAUCGACCAGCAUCCUCUCGGGACCUGCCGAACCGUCCACGGUCGUGGUAACCGUCAUAGUCACGCAGACGCCGCCCUCGCCGGGCGUGACGACGCGCACGACUACACAGACGACAGUCCCGCCCAGCGGCAGCUCCACGACGGGCGGGAUAGCACCGGUCAAGCCGACCCUGACGGCAUCGUCGGAUCAGACGGCCACAUCGCCAAACACGCCUCCGGGGUACUGUCCGACUGGCUACUACGGCUGCCUGGCGACUGCGGGCGGCGGGUGUUGCCAGACUGGUCGGGACUGCCAGACGACGAGCUGCCCACCAGUGGCGUCGACCACUAUCAUAUCCAACGGCGCCACCAUUGUGGUACCGGCGACCAACCUACCUGCGGCACAGUCAUCAUCCACCUGCGCCGACGGGUGGUUCCUCUGUCCGGCGAGCGCCGGGCCCGUCCCAGGCUGCUGUCCGAGUGGGUAUGA